AUGACUGGGGCGCCCAAGCUGCCCAGCGCAGCAUCCUCAGCCCUCGGUCAGCUCGGCAAACCACUGGAGCCUGGAUUUGACGGUGGCAGCGGAGCCCAUGGCAGCGGUGGGACGGGGUCCGGGGGAUCCGGCGGUGGCGGGGGAGAGGGGGGCGCAGGCGGGUCGGGGCCGGGGGUGCCGGAGGCAGAGCAGCAUGUGGGGCAGGUGGGCGGGUGCGCGCCAGCGGAGGAUGUUGUGCUGCUGGAGGUGGGCGGCAUGCACUGCGCCUCGUGCAGCGGCCGAGUGCGCCGCCUGCUGGAGGCGCAGCCGCAUGUCACCAGCGCCAGCGUCAGCCUCACCACCGAGACAGCCCUCGUCCGCAUCGGCAUCCCCGCCCUGCCGCUCACCGGCGGCCCUGCAGGCGGCGCGUUGGAGGCGGCGCGGUCAUCGUUUGUGGCGGAGACAGUGGCGCAUCUGGCAAAGGUGCUGCGAGAGGGCGGCUUCCAGGCGGGGCUGCGCGAUGGCGCCAGCAUGGCGGCGGGCGCUGCGGAUGAGGUGGUGGCGGCCAAGCAGGCAGAGCGGCGCGCGCAGCUGCGCGAAGCCACGCGCCGCCUCAUCGUGGCCGGUCUUCUGGCGUCCGCCUGCUUCACCGGCCACAUCGCCCACUUCUUUCCCAGUGUGCCCGGCUGGGUGCGGCUGCUGGGGACGCCGCAGGUGCACGGGCUGAUGUCGGCGGCGGCGCUGCUGGGCCCGGGGCGCGAGGUGCUGGUGGCCGGAUGGCGCAGCGCGGCCGCGGGCUCGCCCGACAUGAACACGUUGGUGGGCCUGGGCGCCAGCGCGGCCUUCGGUGUGUCUUGCGUGGCGGCCGCGCUGCCUGCUCUCGGCUGGCGCACCUUCUUCGAGGAGCCUGCCAUGCUGCUGGGCGUUGUGCUGCUGGGCCGCACCCUUGAGCGCCGCGCCAAGCUGCAGGCCUCCGCCGACAUGGCCGCCCUCCGGGGGCUGCUGCCGGCGACGGUGCGGCUGGCGGUGGGGAACAGACAGGGCUGGAGCACUGUCCCAGCGGAGGCGGUGCAGCCGGGCGCGCUCCUGGUGGUGCUGCCGGGCGACCGCCUGCCCGUGGAUGGCGUGGUUGUGGAGGGCACGUCCACCCUCGACGAAUCUGCCCUCACCGGCGAGCCGCUGCCAGUCACCCGGGGCCCAGGCAGCGCAGUGGCGGCUGGUGCGGUGAACUGCGAGGGGCGAAUCACGGUGCGGGCGGUGCGCUGCGGCAACGCAACGGCGGUGGCGGACAUUGUGCGGGCGGUGGAGGCGGCCCAGGCGCGAGCUGCGCCCGUGCAGCGUCUGGCCGACAUUGUUGCCGGUCGCUUUGCCGUGGGCGUUCUCGGCCUCUCUGCGGCCACCUUCGCCUUCUGGGCCCUUGCGGCACCGCGCUACAUGCCGCAGGUGAUAGCCCGGCAUGCGAGCACGGCGGCCGGGGGCUCGGGCGCAGCGCUGCUGCUAGCGGCACAGCUGGCGUGCAACGUGCUUGUGGUCGCCUGCCCCUGCGCCCUUGGCCUGGCAGCUCCGACCGCCGUCCUUGUGGGCACAUCCCAGGGAGCUCGCAGGGGCUUGCUGAUCCGCGGUGGAGACGUCCUCGAGGCGGCAUCUAGGAUAGACAGCGUCAUCUUUGACAAGACCGGCACGCUGACUCGCGGUCAGCCAGUGGUGACGGAGGUCCAGCUGGCGCCCGGAUGUGCCCUGGAGCCCGCGCACGUGCUGUCACUCGCUGCAGCUCUGGAGCGCGAGUCCUCCCAUCCCAUCGCCCGGGCCAUCACAGAGGCCGCGAGCACGUCUGGUGUUGCUGAGGCCAGGGCAGAGGACGGCAGCGUGGUCCAGGAGAUUGGGGGAGGCAUCACGGGCACUGUGGACGGCCGCAGGGUGGCUCUGGGGAACUGGACGUGGGUGACGCAGCACCUGCAGGAGCCUACACCCCAGCCGCCUGAUGCCGGUCCUGGCAUGCCUCUGAGGGAUGCGCACAGCACUGGUGCCCAACAGAAGCUACAGGUGUUUGUGGCUGUGGACAAGGAGCUCGCGGGCAUGCUGUCGCUGUCAGACACGGUUCGGCCCGAAGCAGCGGCCACAGUGGCAGCCCUCCAACGCGAAGGCUUCAAGACCUUCCUCCUCACCGGUGACGGGGCGUGGAAUGCCGAGGCGGUGGCGGAUGCGGUGGGCAUUCCGCGCUCGCAGGUGCACUCCAGCGUGAAGCCGGGGGGCAAGGCAGCGCUGGUGCGGGAGCUGCAGGCGCGCGGCCGAUGUGUGGCCAUGGUCGGGGACGGCGUCAACGACGCCAGCGCUCUGGCCGCUGCCGACGUCGGCAUUGCGAUGGGCGGCGGCGUCGACGCGGCUUCGGAGGCGGCCGCCAUUGUGCUACUGCGCGACCAGCUCCCCCAGGUGGUGGAUGCAUUGCAGCUGAGCCGGCGCACGUUCAGCAAGAUCCGCCAGAACCUGGGGUGGGCGUUCGCAUACAACGCCAUUUCGCUGCCGCUAGCUGCCGGUGCUCUGCUGCCGGGGCUGGGCAUAGCCCUCACACCAUCCAUAUCAGGUGCCCUGAUGGGAUGCAGCUCACUUGCCGUCAUGGCUAACUCAUUGCUUCUGCAGAGAGACUUCCCCUCUCUUGUGAAGAAGACCGGAGAAUCCUGA